AUGCCUGGAAGCCCUAAGAAAAAGAGAACGAAGCGCAAAGCUACGGACUCUGAUCUCAAGGCGCUUGAAGGGCAAACAGCUCUAGCAAAGAGAGCGCGUGCUCGGGCUAAUGCACCAUCUGCAUCAAUUCUCAAUCAAGGAGCUGAUUCACAGCCUCCUCGACAAUCAGGACGCCCAGGCGCAGGGACAGGAGGUAGGGGAGCUCAACUGGAGAAACUGGGCGAUAUCUUGCAUGCUCCAGUGCGGAUCAGCCAAUCCAAGGGUGCCACCUCCCUUGAUCCGAACACUCCUGCAAACCCUCUCGCUCCUGAACCAACUCGCAAGGGUCGCGGGAGUCGUUCCAAGAAGAAACAACCCCCUCCGCCAUAUAGCCCUUCGGUGGAACCAGACACCACGACUCUGAAAUCACGCUCGAAGAAAAACAAGGAUACUGUCGUUUCUGCUCCGAGCUUCGAACUCAACCAUCAGCCAAUUUUUUUGCAGCAGGAAGCUGGGGGACGAUACGGAUUUUCGCCACCGAUUGUCCCUGCCGGUACAGAGCCAGAUCUUCAAGCAUUGAACAACUCCUUUGUGGCCGCAGCCAAGAAGGCGCACGCCCUGCCCGAUUCCCAUUCUUCUUUAAGUCAAACUCGUGUUACUGCUCUUAAAAUAUCCCAACCUCAGGUUCCUGUCACUACUCAUAGCGUCCAAGAUCCUAUACUUUCCGGGACCAAUUCAUCUGCGAUGCUACCGGAUGUGAACUUUUACCAGAACUUAGAUCCUGCCCUCCGGCUGCCUGUACCGCAAAGUAUAGAAUCUGAACAGUCUGACACAUCAAAAGAUGAUUCAUCUGGCUUGGAUGAAAGUAGCGGGGACGAGCAAAUUGGUUGGGGAGAAGUUCACGGGCAUCAUAGUACACACCCUGGUUUUCCGAGAGAAUGCUCACCACCUCAACCUCGGGUAGUCACCGCUCUCCCAACAGAUUUCGAAUUUCAGCACUCUCGUGAUGAAGGUGAUGAAGCAGCUGAAAACAUUUUGGGAGUUGUUGAUGAUUUGAGUGAGGAUUCGAGCAAUGAUGGUACAGCGAUGAAUCAAAAGAGUGCCCCCCAGCCGAACGACGUUUUGAAGCUUCAUCACGAAAGAAACGGUCACCCCCGACUUCCUGAUCCUGCUCUCCUGGAGCUUCUCCAUGUUGCUGAGGUCGAUACCUCCAACCCAAAGGCGAAACGGAAACGGAAGCGGACAUCGAAACAUAAAUCGAAGGUGGUUGAUGGAUCCGACGAUGAAGGGCCAAAGGCCACCCAGCUGGGUUGGUAUGGUCCACGCUGGAAGAGUUUUCUCGAGGACGCGAAGGCAGAGUGUCAUACUCAGCAGGCAUUGGAGAACCCUUUCCCAAGCCUUGUUCAUGAUCUGCCAGUUUCAAUCACAGAGUCUCUCUCAGCCUCUCUUGUGCAAUGGCUAAAAAACAGCCAACAAGUUGACGCUGGUGUGUGGCCCGCUCAUAAGCCUGACAUGGCGAGACUGCUGUAUGAUGACUUGGCAACUUGGCGAUCUGAUCUCAAAAAAAUUGUCAUCUCCAAGCGUGCAGCUUGGGUUGAGGUUGCUGCCACAGAAUUACUGGCCGAUGGUAGAUUUCUCCGCCAUGGAGUCGACGAAUUGGGGAAAACCAAGAACUUUGCUCACCCUGCGCUUCUUCAGGCCAUCAUUCUUUUUUACUAUACUGGGUCUUAUCGCAUUGCUCAUAGGCGACCAGCCAUUUUUCGGAAGGAGGUUCCAUUAAAAUGCCUAGCUCUCGUUUGCACCGCAUUUCAUUGCGUCUUCCAGGGCCUCAAGAAAAAUGACAAUGGCAAGUCUUAUUCAAAAUUUACCUCGAAGGAGUACGAGUCCAUCUAUCAUUCGAUGCUUGAGCUACUUGAUGCUGUCAUGAAAGACCCAUAUCACGGUCCGAAGCUGGUGCAGCAACUCCGUGAAUGGGCCAAGAUUGGAUGGGCAGAAACAUCGAAACUCGACGGCAUUGACACAUCCAAACAUCGCCACCUGCACGUCCAACUCGAUUGAGUUCUCCCGUCUCCUGGCAGUGUCAAUCGUCACACAUCAUAUUCUUGCGCAUAUACUUUUACCUUUUUGCUCGUUGUCUGCUAGUAUCGUGUUUCGCGCUGAUUGAAUUUAUCGUCGUUUGUUUGCUACUA